CCUACUGGGGCACCCCUUCCCCUGGCCUUGGGUCUCCAUGUAAGGGGACCAGAGAGGGCUGGGCCCAGAGUCCCAUGUCUGCCCCCAGCUCCUGCAGCAUGGGAUACCCCAGGCUGGGUAGAACGGACCCCAGCAGCAGAGCACCCUCUGGGGCAGGCUGGACGGGCUGAUGCUGUGCAGGUAGCCCUUGGGCAGGGGACCGGGCUCUGCAGGUGGAGGUGAAGGGCGAGAGCCAGAGCUGGUCUCUACCUGGGGGCCGGAGGGGCCAGGAGAGGCAGCUGUGGGACUCUGGUCUGCUCUCUGGGAAAGGUUGGGGCCCUCAGCACCCACCUUGGCCAUCUUCCAGUCACUAUGUCCUGGGCAAAGGGGUCUGGUGUGCCCACUGGGUAGGUCGGCACUGCUGGGCCCAGGUGGUAGGGGCCCAGCUGUGGGCUGUGAGCCAGCAGUACAGUCCUGGGGUCUUAGCUGAGCCUCCAGUGGGUGGAGUCAGCGCCUGGCCAUGUCUAGGGACAGAACUGCCUGGAGCUGCUAAACCCAGACUGACCUCAGCAGGUCAGCCCCUUCACAGAGUCUGCAGCCCUGCCCCCUCGCACCCCCUCAUUCCCAGGGUCAGCCCUGAGGGUGAGGGUUGAGGGCCAGCCGGAGGCCCCAUCUGUGUCCAGUCAGGGCAGUGCUGGACAGCUCAGGGAGUGGUGGGCCCUGAGCCUUGGGGCCUCACCGCUGUCCCCUUGCUCUGUCUGUAGCCAUGACUGAUCCCUUCUGUGUGGGCGGAGGUCGCCGGCCCCCCACAUCCAGCAAGAGUGUGUCUGGCAAGGAUGCUGGCCGGAUCGAAGCCCGCCUUCCAGUGCUACACAACACCCCCAGGCUCGGGGUGCCGGUGGUCCGGAGUGGGCAGGUUGUGCCCAGCCAGGCUCCGCUGUGCUUCGCUCCAGGGAGCCCGGCCCACGAUCGGACAGGAGGGAGGAAGAAGGGGCGGCCAAAGGCCGAGAACCAGGCCCUGCGAGACAUUCCCAACUCCCUGACGAACCAGUGGAAGGAUGAAUUCAAGGCCCACUCAAGGGUGAAGUGUCCAAACUCGGGGUGCUGGCUGGAGUUCCCCAGCAUCUAUGGCCUCAAGUACCAUUACCAGCGGUGCCAAGGGGUAAGGGGUGUCCGGUUGGGGACAAGGAGGCCCGGGCCUGCCCACCCAGGCUGUCAGCGUUCUCUCCUACUCACUGGGGGGUGUCUGGGCAGCCCCCCUGGGCGGGCCCCGCCCACACCUGCCCUUCCCGCUCAGGGUGCUUUCACAGAAAGGCGGGCUUUUCCCUGCCCCUUCUGCGAGGCCGCCUUCACCUCCAAGACUCAGCUGGAGAAGCACCGGACUUGGAACCACAUGGACCGGCCCCUGCCUGCCCCCAAGCCAGGGCCAGUCAGCCGGCCCGUUACCAUCAGCCGGCCCGUGGGCGUCAGCAAGCCCAUCGGUGUGAGCAAGCCCGUCACCAUCAGCCGGCCUGUGGGCGUCAGCCGGCCCAUUGGCAUCAGCAAGCCUGUCCCGGUCAGCAGGCCCAUCCCGGUCACCAAGCCUGUCCCGGUCAGCAGACCUGUGCCGGUCACCAAACCUGUCACAGUCAGCAAGUCCAUCCCGGUCACCAAGCCUGUCACAGUCACCAAGUCCGUGCCGGUCACCAAGUCCGUGCCGAUCAGCAGGCCCAUCCCGGUCACCAAGCCCAUCCCAGUCACCAAGUCUGUCACGGUCACCAAGCCUGUGCCGAUUACCAAGCCCACCCCAGUUACCAAGCCUGUGCCUGUCACCAAGCCGGUCACGGUCAGCAGGCCCAUCCCGGUCACCAAGCCCGUGCCGGUCAGCAGGCCAGUGACAAUCAACAAGCCAGUGCCGGUGUCAAAGCGCGUGACGGUGACAAAGGCCAUACAUGCCAGCAGGCCUGUGGCCGUCAGACCCACGCCACCCUGCAAGCUGGUGCUAUUGGCCAAGCCUGAGAGCAAAGCUGCCCGUGCUGCGGGGAGGAACAGCGGUAAGAAAAGGGUUUCCGACAGCCUGGAUGCCUACCCUGUGCCACCCAAGCAGGCCAGGCCAGAGAACGGGGAGCUCAGCUCGGCCACCACCGGCCCAGCCUCGGGCUUCCAACUGGGGGCAGACACCCUGAGAGGCCCCCUUGUGCUGGGAGGCAGCCGAACCUCAGGGGUCAAGGAGGCCUCAGGCCUCACCCCGGAGGAGGACCCAGAGCGGACGAAGCACAGAAGGAAACAAAAAACCCCCAAGAAGUUCACAGGGGAGCAGCCUUCCAUCUCGGGGACCUUCGGGCUCAAAGGCCUGGCCAAGGCCGAGGACAAAGCUCGCAUCCACCGUGCCAAGAAGCAGGAGCUGACGGGUCUGGAGGAUGCGCGGAAGAAAGAGCCCACCCCUGUCAUUGCUGCGGGCAAGGAGGUGCCAGCCCCUGUGGCCCACCCAGCCCCAGGUGGCUCUGAGGAGCAGUGGCAGCGUGCUAUCCAGGAGCAAGGGCAGGCUGUCUGCCCCACGUGCAGCGUGGUCACCCGCAAGACCCUCGUGGGGCUUAAGAAGCACAUGGAGGUGUGCCAGAAGCUGCAGGAUGCCCUCAAGUGCCAGCACUGCCGGAAGCAGUUCAAGUCCAAGGCCGGCCUCAACUACCACACCAUGGCCGAGCACAGCUCCAAGCCCUCUGAUGUGGAAGCCUCGGAGUGGGGCGAGCGGGAGGAGCGGGAGCGGCUCCGCAAGGUGCUGAAGCAGAUGGGGAGGCUGCGCUGCCCUCAGGAGGGCUGUGGGGCCGCCUUCUCCAGCCUCAUGGGCUACCAGUACCACCAGCGGCGCUGCGGGAAGCCCCUCUGCGACCUGGACAGCCCCUCCUUUCCCUGUGCCCACUGUGGCAAGCCCUACCGCUCCAAGGCCGGCCACGACUACCACGUGCGCUCCGAGCACGCAGCCCCGCCCGCUGAGGAGUCUGCAGACAAGUCCCUGGAGGCCGAGGACCUGCUGGGUGUGGAGCGCACCCCGAGUGGCCGUGUCCGCCGGACGUCGGCCCAGGUCGCCGUGUUCCACCUGCAGGAGAUCGCAGAGGACGAGCUGGCACGGGACUGGACCAAGCGGCGCAUGAAGGAGGACCUUGUGCCCGAGACUGCGAGGCUCAACUACACUCGGCCAGGCCUCCCCACGCUUGACCCCCAGCUGCUGGAGCUGUGGAAGAUUGAGGUCAAGGAGAAAGGCCAUGUGAACUGCCCCAAUGAGUGCUGCGAGGCCAUUUACUCAAGUGUGUCCGGCCUGAAGGCCCACCUCGCCAGCUGCAGCAAGGGGGACCACCUGGUGGGGAAGUACUGCUGCCUGCUCUGCCCCAAGGAGUUCAGCUCGGAGAGUGGGGUCAAGUACCACAUCCUGAAGACCCACUCAGAGAACUGGUUCCGAACCUCCGCAGACCCACCCCCCAAGCCCAGGAGCCAGGAUUCGCCGGUGCCCCCUCCAAAAGAGAAGGGAAGCCUGGAUGGGGGAAAGAAGCGAGGUCGCAAACCCAGGGAGCGGACCCCUGAGGAGCCGGAGCCCCAGCAGACCCCACAGCAAGAGGACUGGCCCCCGGAGGGCAGGGACAAGGGGCGGGGCUCUGUAGCCCGGAAGGUGGGGACUGGCAGGAUGCCUGAGAAAUGAGCUCAGUGCAAGCAGGUGGCUGGGCUGUGGUCCUGGUGCCGCAGGCCCCCCUCUGUCCAGGGCCAGCCUCCUCUAACCCAUCUCCAUCCCCUGCGGCUGCCCAGGGGCUGGGAUGGCCCUCUCUUGGGCUGGGCGGGAGGAGGAUGCAGAAAUGCAAUAGAUGUCCCCCGCCCACCCCAACAUGGCAGGGCCAAGGGUGGGGAGGGGAGGGUGGGCAGGACAAUGCUCCAUGCUGGCCUGGUUUUCCGGUUCCAGCUCCCCUCCCCCCCUCCCUUCUCCCUCUGUGGUCCAUGGGUUCUUCCCCUGAGGCCUGGAGUUCCUCGGGUCCCCAGAUAUGAGCUGGCGGGGCAGCUGCUGCAGUUAGUCUGCUAGCUUUCCUGCCACCCAACACUGGAACACCCGCACCAGCUACCUCCCUGGCAGAUGGGCCUGCCCUGUGCACUGCGGCCGGGGCUCUGCCCUUCCUUCCCCCCCUCCCCCCCCACUGCUUAGGAUGCCACCCUGUUGCCUCACUGGUCUGGCUUGGACCUUCGAGGUGGAGACAUGGCCUCUCGGCCCCCCAUGAACUCCUGGCUUAGGAUGGGGGUGGGGGUGGGGAGGAGGGGUGGCCCCUUGGAGUCCACUGUCCUGACAUGCCUAGGGGACACCAUGACCUGGCCAUAGCCAGGCAGACCUAAUCGGCACACAGCCCGUGUGGAUGCUGUGGUUGACCUGGGGCUGGGAGGUCUGGGGCUGGCAGAGUGGACCCAGCCUGAGCAGGUGCCACUGGGGGCAGGUGGCUCUUCUGGUGGCUGAUUUGGCCCCGGACCCUCCCCUGCCUGCCUCCUAGGUCUCUUGUGUGGCUGCUUGGUGCAGGAUGGGGCCAGCAGGGCCAGGACUGGUCACAGCAGUCAGGUGUCCGAGGUGGGUCUCAGCUCCCGCCUUGUCUUGGACUCCUGAGGUGUGUGGUCUGCAGCAGCUUGGGGUCCAGCAGCAUGACCAGGGCCACCUCACAGAGGGGUCUGUCAACGGCGGGACCUAGAUGGAGACUGCCUCCCACGGGGGUUGGAUGGACGGGCGGGCCGGCUAAGGGUCUGGCCUGCCCGAUAUGAUGUUGCCGACAUGAUAUUUUCUGGGUCUGGUGCGCACCAGUCUUAUUGCUGUGACAACUAACCACCUUUUUUAAUUCUGUUUUUAUACAAACACUCACCACAGUGACGUUUCGGUGCUAAGGGUUCCCAGUGUGGGUGGUGGGGCUGGGGGUUGGGCUAGGGGCCUGUGAUUUGCAGACCUCCACUUAACCAGGCAGUGCUGACUCAGCUUGGCCAGGGGCCCCCAACUCCUGUCCUCAGGGGUCCUCCUGCCCUAGGGAGUGGGCUGGAAGCUAGGUGGUGAGUCUGGGUGGCCCACAAGCUUCCUGUCUGACUUCUUUGGCUGAAAGGCACUGGUCCUCCCAGUCCUGGUCUGAGCUUUGAGUAGUGACUGGGAUCUCCCCUCCCCAUGCCACCCGAUCUGGUCUGGAGAUGAUAGGGGUGCCUGUGAGCCAGUGUAGAGGGUGCUGGGGGUCGGGCCAGCAGCACAGGCAGGGAGCUGGGGCCCGGAGGACUAACUUUUCUGUGCCCCCAGCAUCAGAGCACAGCUGUGGGGGCAGCAAGGCGGCCACACGGGGGUAGGAGUGGUUGUUGGCGCAGCCGCUAGACUGCUUGCUCUUGUUGCCCUUGUUACCUCAGCAGGAGGGUCAGGCUCCACCCUCCAUGGAGGGUGGUGGCCACCCCAGCCUCUCAGGUACUUGGCUUUGGGGAGAAGCGAGAGGCCCUCGGUAAGCCCACGGGCAGGCCCUGGUGUGGACACUCCCUUUGGAUGGCGGACUUGGGUCACUUCAUGUUUAGCACUUUAAGCCCCUCCUGUCCUCCGUGUGGGAGUGGGGCCUGCGUUGGAUGUGGCUAGGCUCAGGCCCUUCCCUCCCUCCCUCCCUCUCCCCCACUGCCGCUCUCACGCCAGGGGCCUGGUGCUUGCUUGGGCUGAGAGGGACUGGGGAGAACUUGUCUGCAGACACCUGGGUCCACUGCCCACCCUGGCAGCCUCUUUGCUGGUAGCUGCAACCAGGUGUUGACAACAACUCUACUGGAAAGGAGCUGUGUGGCCAGACUCCCCCGCCUGCCCACCCGGCGUGGUGGGUGUGGAUGUGCUGGAGGCGCCCGUGCUGUGUGCACCCUGCAACCGGGCCCCUUUCUGCAGAUCUACCUCUGGCCCUGCGAACAGGUUGGGCUGGCUGGAGGGGUCCACACUUCACACCCAAUGGGAUGCACUUUAUUUGCUCACGCAAAGGCAGGUGAGUGUGCCUCCUGGUGUGACUGCCCUUCUACCUGCAUGGAGGGGCUGCCCCGUGGCAGGCACCUGGAGGCUGGGCUUCAAGCGGCCGGCCGGCCAGACCCCUCUCCGGCCUGGCAGCCACGCGUAGAAUACUUGGGGUUUCUUGGUUUGUUUGGUUUUAGUGCCAGUUCUCAGUACAUAAGUGCAUUUCGAAAGAGGUCCCGCUAUCACAUGUAACCAUAUAUAUACAUAUAUAUUCUAUCUACAAAGUGUUUAUUUGCAAGAUGUUUUGACAGUGAGCUCGGGCACUGCCGGCCUUGUGACCAUCCGUCCCUAGUCCUUGUCCUUCCCUCCCCUCCCUCCCCCCCAGUGUCGUGGGGGCAGGCCAUCAACUGUAUGUACUAAGAUGACUGUAUCAAAUAAAUGUUUAUUGCUUUUUUUGCA